CGGACUCGCUGCUACUGCAAAGCCCGUCUAGCAGGUCCAACUGAAGCUUUGGCAUGGAUCGCCCCCGUCUAUCGUCGCCCCCGAUGAUGAAAGUGUCGCAAUCGAACGCCUCUUCCGUGCCUCCUGUUCGUCGACUGAACCGCCUUUGCAAGGGUUUUCCCACCAUCCAAGAGGAUACGAGAUUCUCCAUCCUGGGCCCAAAGAAGAGAAGGGAUUGGAGCUCCAAGACUCAAGGUCGACAACUCCGCACGGCGAAACGGUGGAUCCGGGGAAAUCCAAUCGGUCAUUACGUCAUGUUCCUUGCUCUUAUCAGUAUUUGUAUGGCUUCACCAUGACGGUGCUGUCUAUGCUGAUGCACUGUUAGAGCUUGACAGACAAAGAUGUCCCCAGCUUUGCAGAGAAUUCUUUCAGCCCUUUACGGUAGACAACCCGAUUGGCAAGUUCCAGAGAAGCAAUCGAGCAAUCGGCGUCGACUCAGAACUCGCACAUCUAGUGUUGCCAUUAUCAAUCGCAAUGUCUGAAACAAAA